AUGGAGUACGAAAAUUGGAAGAGAUCAUCAUUCAACCAUGCUCUUAGGAGAUUCGAAAAUAAGAAGGGUUUUCAGCUUUAUAGAACCACAAAGCACAAGUACACAAUCAAGUUCAACGAAGCGAGUUUGUUUAGAAAGAUAGAACCAGUGAACGGUUCUAAAUUUCUAUGCUGUGCAAACUUCCGUGGUAUCAAUCGGGGUGUUUAUCAUCCUGUGUACUGCAUUGAGGCACUAGAUGUAUAA